UGAGAAUGGCUCAGGGAACAUACAUGGAGGAAUAGAAACGGGGAAAUGAAAACAAAUGUGGUGCAUACAACUGAGAAGAGAAAACAAGGGGACAAAAAGAAGAAGCAGAAAUCAAAUAACAUUGUAUUAACAGACAGUGACAACAGACAAGGGAUUUGCAGGAACGCUAGAGUCAUAGAACAAGCUGAAAUCUACAAAUAAUGAUAAAUAGAAGAGCUAAGACUCCUGAAAAUGAAGGAUGGAGCAGUGUGAGAGGGAUGAUCAGCUGGAAGUGAACAGGAAUUAAAUAAUGCAAUAGGAUAGAUGGAUGAGGUCAAGGGGAGCUGGAGAGCAGGGCAGAGGAGAUGGUCUCUUCUCAUUAGGAAAACCCCUCUUUGGCCGGCUAAUGGAAGAGCAAUGGGAUGGACUCUAUGGGAAGGGGGUUCAGGGAGGAAGUGUAUGGAUGGCAGCAUUCCUUUGUUUGAUUAUAUUUCUCACCACUUUGGGGAACUCUCUUCUUAUCUUGCUGAUCUUCACCCAGAGAUCACUCAGAAACACCUCCAACUACUUCCUGGUAUCCCUCUUCAUGUCGGACCUCAUGGUGGGCUUAGUGGUGAUGCCCCCUGCCAUGCUGAAUGAACUCUAUGCCAAGUGGGUCCUGGAUGUGGACUUCUGUUACAUCUGGUAUUCCUUUGAUGUCAUGUGUUGCAGCGCUUCCAUCCUCAACUUAUGUGUCAUCAGUCUGGAUAGAUAUCUGCUCAUCAUCUCCCCACUCAAAUACAAACUCAGGAUGACCUCUUGCAGAGCCCUCUGCUUAAUUGUGGCUACUUGGACCCUAGCUGCUCUGGCUUCCUUCCUACCAAUUGGGAUGGGGUGGCAUGAGCCAGACUUUGUAUUGCAGCACCUAAACCAGACAUCUGGUGAACAAGAGAAGCAGUGCAGGCUCCUGGUCAGUUUGCCCUAUGCCCUGGUUGCCUCGUUUCUCACAUUUUUCCUUCCUUCUGCUGCGAUCUCCUUCACCUACUGCAGGAUCCUACUUGCAGCCAGGAAGCAGGCUGUCCAGGUAGCCUCUCUGACCACUAAUGUGGCUAGCGUGUCUGGAGAUAACACACAGGUUCUCACUGUGCCAGUGGUGGAAAGCAGGAAAUUUGUGACAAAGCACAGUAAAAAAGCUCUGAAAGCCAGUCUGACUCUGGGCAUACUACUGGGAAUGUUCUUUGUAGCCUGGAUACCGUUCUUUGUUACCAAUGUGGUUCAGGCUGUUUGUGACUGUGUUCCUCCUGGGCUAUUUGAUGUCCUAACUUGGCUAGGAUACUGUAACAGCACCAUGAAUCCUAUCAUCUACCCACUCUUCAUGAGAGAUUUCAAGCGUGCAAUGGCUAAGUACCUUCCCUGUUGUAGACGCUCCCGCGUCAUCUCCCUAUCAAUGCGCAACUCCAACAGCGCACCUCGACUGGGUCUAUCACUGAGGAAUGUCCUGACUCUACGUGGUGAGACAGACUCCAUGUAUUCAGCCACAAUGGGCAAUGAGCAUCUCCUGCCAAACUACAAGGAUCACAGUACUGACCCUCUACCGGUCACUGCGGCAGACUCUGUCAAUCUCUUUGAUUUAGAGCAUGACAUGCAGGUACACCAGCUAAAUACACCCAUGGACUGAAAAUGUAUCAUUACUAAAGUGAAACAACAAAUAGAGAUGGGAGGAUCUAAAUCAGAAGAUAAUCUUUCUGGGAACCUACAUGUGGACUAGCCAGUAGGUUGGGAACAGGGUGUCUCUGUUUGUUCCAGUGUGAACUUUAUUUCAGUUGUUAAACAAAAAAACGUUGAUCAUAAUUUUGCUUAUGAUGGUCUUUCCUUUCUGGAUUGGGGGGUCCAAACAGGUAAGAUUGCUACCUCGAUUUUGUUUAUAAGUGGUAUUCUUGGCAGGCCUAGUUACCAGCCUGAGGCUAUAGUCUGGUCAUAUUUUAGGGGUACUUCUUGCUACAGCAAAAAUAUCCAUAGCUGAACAACAGAUUAUGCCAUAUUUGCUGUAUCAUGGAUGACCUUUAAACUUAGUCUUCUUCUCAAGUGAAGUUUAUCAUCACUGAGGUCUACAGCACCCACCCCAAACCAGGCAAAUAAUAAUAAUAAUAAAAAAAAACAGCCAACAAAGAAUUUGGAUAGUCUAACAUUUCUAUUUUUUCCUAGAGGUUUUGUCAUAUUUUUUACGAAAACCAACAGUAGAUUUAAUAGUAGUGUUUGAUUACUCAGUUUCAAACUGUGCUGUGCAGUCUCGGCAUUUACUUAAGUAAUAAAAUACUUUCUCAA